AUGAAUCCUUCCUUCCUUCCUUAUCCGAAGCCGAAACAUUUCCUCACUCUUCUCUGCUCGCCGGCGAAACUGACAGAGAUGGCCGGAAUAUCCACUUCUUUUGUAUCUUCUUUGUGCAUUUCUUCUUCUUCAUUGCUUGCGCCGUCUUUCUCGAAGCAAUCGGUGCGGAUUUCUCCCAGAAGCAACAGAUUUUCCAGGAUUUAUGCUUUGUCUAGCAACGACAUCAAAGUUGGGACCAGCAUCGAAGUUGAUGGUGCUCCCUGGCGUGUUCUCGAGUUUCUUCAUGUGAAGCCUGGAAAAGGAGCUGCUUUCGUCAGAACCAAAAUCAGGAACUAUGUCAAUGGUAGCACCGUCGAGAGAACCUUUCGUGCUGGAAUCACUAUGGAAGAGGCAAAUGUGUUCAAGGAGACAAAGCAAUUCACAUACAAAGACGGCUCUCAGUUUGUUUUCAUGGACUUGAGCAGUUAUGAAGAGACACGUUUAAACGAGGCAGAUAUGGGUGAAAAGACCAUAUGGCUCAAAGAGGGAAUGGACUGCAAUCUGCUCUACUGGAAGGACAAGGUCAUCGACUUUGAGUUGCCCAUUACAGUGCAGCUCAAAAUAGUUGACGUGGAUCCUGGUCUUCGAGGUGACACUGCACAAGGUGGAACCAAGCCGGCCACACUGGAGACAGGUGCAGUUGUAAAUGUGCCUCUCUUUGUAAACCUAGGUGAAGCCAUAAUGGUGGACACCAGAACCGUUGAGUGUACGCUGCGAAUUGUUAUGGAAAUGAGGGAAAUGGAUAUAAUAUGA